AUGAGCAAUUUCGGUGCUACAAUGAUUGUGUCAGUGCAGUCCAUCGGGACAACCGCCACCCUGGCGAGUGCUGGAUUCUACUUGCAUCGUCGUGGCUUUGUAUUAGGCAGUCUCUCCAAGAAAACCAUGGCAUUCCUCUCUCAGCAGGUGGCAAUCCCUGCGCUCUUGUUGACAAACCUCAUAUCAUGCGUCGAGGAUCCAAUAAACCCCGACCAAUGCUUUACAGUUACAGAUAAUUUCGAUCAAGGGCUUUGGGUUUUCUUGGUUUGGCCCCUCUACGUAAUCUCUUGGGGGGCUACCAUUGGAUGCCUACUGGCGACUUUGACAAGAACGCCUAAGGCGCAGAAGAGGCGUCGAGCUGUCAUCGCUGCCACUGCUUUUGGAAAUUCUACCGGUCUACCUCUUACCUUGCUGCUUGCUAUACAGGCCAGCUCGCCACCCGACUCUCCGGUUGUACAGACCGAUCCAACGGUUCUGAUCUCCUGCUACAUGAUCAUGCAACCCAUCAUUCAAUGGGGAAUUGGUGGUUUCAUUUUCCCCAAAGAAGACCAAGAGCAAGACGCAGAUGCCGCCAGAAAGCGUAGCAGAUCAAUUGACGUAGAAGAACAAGGGCGAUCAAACAAUCUCGGAGUUGACGUCGAGGUUCCUUCGUCCCCAAAGAUUGAGGAUGAGGCCAAUCUUGCGGAAAGAUCCUUGGAACCCUGCAUCAUUCCAAUGAGAACACGGAUACAUGCCGAAGAACUCGCUCGAAAGUUCCUUCAGGUGGUCUCCAACUUUUUGCAACCUCCCGUCAUUGGCGCCCUGAUUGGCCUCUUCAUUUCUGCAAUACCCGCGUUGAGAGGACUGUUUGUGAACUUGAAUACAUCCGACUCUACUCCUGUCCCAUUGGAGUGGCUCUACAAUGGAUUACAUACCGUGGGCCAGGCUGCAAUCCCAAUGAACAUGGUCAUUCUAGGGAUCAACUUAUCCAUCGCACUUGGGGAUACAAAUCCGUUCCGAUGUUUGUACUUCAUGCGACGAAUUGGGCCCCAAGCUUCCAAAAGAGCUUCUUGCGCAGAAGGCACGACAUCGCUGCCUGCGGAAAUCAAGACUCAUAACGACGACAAGAAACCUGCCGACGAGGCACCUGGGAUGACCAUUUGGACCAUCUUGGCGGUCAUCAUGGGGAAAUUAGUGUUCAUGCCUGCAGUGGGCGUAGCUUCUGUCAUAGGCUUGAAACAAUUCAUGGUCGUUCCUCCCGAAAUCGCGGGAUCCCUGCAGUUGGUCCUGAUGCUCGUCUUUAUCACACCAACCGCAAACAAUCUGAUGAUACUGGUGGAGCUUUCGGCUGGUGCACAAGUUAAACAAGACAUGGCCAAGUUGAUUGCUUGUCAGUAUCUUGUAGCUCCAGUUCUUCUGAGCCUGAGUGUGGCAGUCGUGGUGCUGGUCGCAACCACCUAA